GACAAUUUCGUCCGCUAGGAGGAUCCUAACCUCCAAGAGGUAGCGUGUCGAAUUUUAGGUUAUGAUGAUGUAGAGCGGUCGAUAAGUCAGUUUUACAUUCAUUUGGACAGAAAAAUGAGAAUUUGUAAGAAAUGCCAGUUUGGAACUUCGUUAGAAAAGGCCUAACCUCUUGUUGGCACGGCGUUCAAUAUGCCUGCGCUCUCUAUUGCACCUUCGAGUUCGUCGGAGAUUUCGUCAUAUGUUCCGGCCCUUCCAUGGAACCGACCAUCUACUCCAACGACGUCAUUGUGACCGAACACAUCUCCAUUUUCAGACAGAAGAUUAAGAGAGGAGAUGUUAUAGUUUCUCGUUCACCUUCAAACCCCAAUCAGUACAUCUGCAAACGAGUGGUUGGUCUACCCGGUGAGAAAAUCAAGCGGGGCCUAUUUACAGAGUUUACAAUUCCGGUUGGUCAUGUCUGGUUAGAAGGGGACAACAAAGAGAACUCUACAGACUCUCGAACUUAUGGCCCUGUACCGAUGGGAUUACUGAGAGGAAGAGCAGUCUGCAAGGUUUGGCCCUUUUACGACGCAGGAUUGUUAAAUGACAUUGUGAGUUGACGAGAGUGUUAAUUACUCAUAAAAUAAACAUGCCAAAGAUUCUUGAAAAA